UGGCAGUUCGCUGUAGUUAAACGUAACUGAUUGGCAACAAUUGACUGCAGAACGGCGCGAAGAGUUUCAGUGUUUAAAUGUAUAUUUUGACGUGUAAUCAAAUGGUGAAUAACAACCCGACCCGCGGCUCUGCCGUGCUGCUUAUUUUGGUGCUGUUGCUACUGAAUAGAAAAAUCGGUUUGGUAGAUGGCCACAAAGUUACGGCAAUGUCGAUUUCCAAACACAAUUACCCGGUAGAAGAGCAUACAGUAAUCACAUAUGAUGACUACAUCCUUACUAUUUACCGCAUCCCAUCGUCUCCAAACCGAAGUCAUCUGAACCGAGCGGGUCAAAGCGCUGUAGUCUUUUUGCAACAUGGCAUCCUGAGUGCUUCCGACGACUGGAUUAUCAACGGACCGGAGACGUCUCUGGCCUACAUGCUCGCUGACGCCGGCUACGAUGUUUGGCUUGGCAAUGCACGUGGAAACGCAUAUUCACGGCAGCACAAGCAUAUCCAUCCGGACAGGUCCGAAUUCUGGCGAUUCAGCUGGCACGAGAUAGGUGUCUAUGACCUCGCCGCCAUGCUGGACUAUGCGCUGGAGGAGAGUCAGUCCAGCUCUUUGCAUUUCGUUGCACACUCGCAGGGCACCACGACAUUUUUCGUUCUUAUGUCUUCUCUGCCUUUGUACAACGAAAAGUUGCGUUCCGUUCACUUAUUGGCGCCUAUAGCUUACAUGCGUUACCACUCUUUUAUUCUGUCCAAGUUGGGUGGCAUUUUACUUGGAUCGCCUUCCUUUCUAAGCUGGUUAUUAGGCGGUAUGGAGCUACUGCCUAUUACUAAUUUACAGAAACUAAUAUGUGGGCACAUCUGCGCAAGAAGCUCAAUGUUCAAUUUUCUGUGCUCUGGGCUUCUGGGCUUUAUCGGCGGGUGGGGAACACGGCAUUUGAACCAGGUCUGGCGACUUUCGACAGUAUGAUCAUGGACGGGAGCUAAACGAAAUCAUUUACCAUCAACCAACGCCUCCAUCUUACAACGUCCAAUACAUUAAGAGCUGUGUGGAUAUGUACUACAGCGAAAAUGACUAUAUGUCUGCCGUUGGGGAUGUGAAGUAUCUGGCUUCACUCCUACCAUGCGCCCAACUAUACCGCAUUCCAUUCGUAGAUUGGAACCAUUAUGAUUUUUUGUGGUCCAACAAUGUAAAGGAGGUUAUUAAUAAUAAGAUAAUUCAGAAGAUGCUUAAAUACGAUGAAG